AUGGACAUUGGUGAGAGGAAAGCAUGUAGUGAGCAUGUAGAGACUGAACACAUUGAGACAGGAUGUCCGCCCAGCACUCUGAUGAAUGUGGGACAAAGAAACUGUAGCUGUAAAUAUAGUUUUAUCAAAGAAGUUCAUCAUGAAGAAGGUUUACUGUGUGCAGCUGGAGACGAGACAGUCACACUGCAGGAAGUGGAAGGAACCACUAUAACUCUCCAUACUGGGAUAACUGGAAUUCAGAGUGAUGCUCAGAUUCUGUGGCUUUAUGGACCUGAGAAAGCAGAGGAAAAGAUAUUGAUCAGUCAGGUGUUUAAAGGAGAAACUGUGACAGAAAUCAGUGAGAGAUUUAAAGAGCGACUGCAGCUGGACAGAAUCAGUGGAGCUUUAACCAUCAGGAACAUCAGCAGAAACCUUUCUGGAGUUUAUUUAUUACACGUUCUUACUGGACGUCUCUCAUCCAGGACUUUCAGUGUCAGUGUUUAUGAAUGUUCACACAUUUCCCGUGCAAGUUGCGUUUUCUCUUGCCCCAACCGGAACGAUCACCAUCUCGCAGAUCAGCCCCCUCGUGUCACCCAGAGCUCUGGGGUGAAUCGCGAAGAAAGACAGGAACCUCGACAAGCUGAUCGUUCCUAUUCACUGCUCCCUGCCCUGAUAUCUACUGGAGUUUUCCUGUUAUUAAUAUCCAUCCCUGUGUGGGUUUGGCUAAAGAGAAAACACAAGAAGUUUCUGAAAAAACUUUGGGAACUGACUUACACUGAGGUGGAAUUUACAGCUCGCAGUGCAGAGAGAGUUAAAAAGGAAGAAGAUUCGAGAAUAACGGAUGAUGAUCAAGAGCAGAAAUCCUUCGUGCUGUAUUCAGUGAUGAAGAGACUCUCAUAAUUCAAUCAUCCUUCUUUUGCUUUGGUCACAAAUGAUCUCCGUAUUCUGGAAACCACUGAUAUGUUUACAUCAUGUACAUUCGGUUUAAUGGGAAUUAAAGUUUUCACGAUCAUAUUACAGGAAGUAGAUUCCAGAGUCUGACUGAUUCCUGUCUGAACUGGUUUUGUCGGUGUUGAAACUUGUGUUUGUCUUGUCAUCUCACACACUCUCUCAUUAUAUCAUCAGGACAAGCAACAUUUCAACUGACUUAUUUCUCCAAAAUGCAGAAAAAAAUCUUGUAUCUGUUUUCAAGAUUCACAUUUAAACCUGAAUCCAACCGACGGGACACAAAUCUACAGAGCUGAGUCGUGCUUUUCGCUUUCACAAGUGUUCAGGUCCCUCACAUUUUGAGAUAAAUACUGACAAGUUUAUUUUUCUACUACCUUUACACAACCUCCAAACACACAGAAAAAGUGAUUCACUAUGAACAGAGAAAAGAAAACAAAACAAAACUGUGACCGUUGUUCUAGUUGGUGGAGAGGUUUGUGGUUGGUUCUCAGUGUUCAGCUCUCUGUCUCACACACAGUAAAGGGGAAGUGGUGAUGGCUUGAUACUGCAAAAAUCACCAGCUGAAUAUUUUACACAAGGCCUGUGCCAUCUCGAAAGGAUGAAAGAAGGGAUUAUUCUGUCUGAUCUAAACUCACUGUUCAUGUUGUGACCCAAAUGAAUCUUUUUACAGAAUAAAGCUCCA